AUUUAUCAUCUCCCGAUAAUAUGGGCUAUUACAGGCAGCCAAUCCUCCUUCAUUUUGCGUCCUGCUUUCCUCCGUGAAUCUCCAUCAGUGACCGAUCAAGGAAUUUAACAAUGCAAAUGGCAACUUCUCUAUGCUUCUUCACUCUUCUGCUGUUCCUUGAGACCAUCUCUUUCUUUCACCUCCAGGUGAUUGCUGCAGCACCAGAUUCCAAGCCGAAGCUUAAUUCUAGGAUCCUUCAGGACUCGAUAAUUAAAAAGAUCAAUGAAGACCCCAAUGCUGGAUGGGAAGCUGCCAUGAAUCCUCAAUUUUCCAAUUACACUGUUGGUCAAUUCAAGUAUAUCCUUGGAGUCAAGCCAACUCCCAAAAAAGAAUUGAGGGGUGUUCCUGUUAUGAGUCAUCCAAAAUCCUUAAAGUUGCCAAAAGAAUUUGAUGCAAGAAAAGCUUGGCGGCAAUGUAGCACCAUUGGAAGAAUUCUAGGUCAGUUGUUUACUUGGUUCUUUAUUUUUCCUGAUUUUUUCCCCUUUUAUCAAGGUGCUGACGCUUUCCUCAAUAUGUGGCAAUGCUGGAUCAAUUUCCUAAUAAAAGAUCAGGGUCAUUGUGGAUCUUGUUGGGCGUUUGGUGCUGUUGAAUCACUAUCUGAUCGCUUUUGCAUCCAUUUUGACCUGAACAUAUCUUUGUCUGUCAAUGAUCUCUUGGCAUGCUGUGGUUUUUUGUGUGGAGAUGGUUGUAAUGGAGGGUAUCCUAUCUAUGCAUGGAGAUACUUUGUCCACCAUGGUGUUGUCACAGAAGAGUGUGACCCAUACUUCGAUGAUAUUGGCUGUUCCCACCCGGGUUGUACCCCUGAAUUUCCUACUCCAAAGUGUGUAAGAAAGUGCAUCAACAAGAACCAGCUCUGGAGACGGUCAAAGCAUUACGGUGUCAAUGCAUAUAGAAUUAGUUCUGAUCCUCACGAUAUUAUGGCAGAAGUUUAUAAAAAUGGACCAGUAGAGGUUGAUUUCACUGUUUAUGAGGACUUUGCUCACUAUAGAUCUGGAGUUUAUAAGCACAUUACUGGUAAUGUAAUGGGAGGCCAUGCAGUUAAGCUUAUUGGGUGGGGGACUUCUGAUGAUGGAGAGGAUUAUUGGCUUCUUGCGAACCAGUGGAAUAGAGGCUGGGGCGAUGACGGUUACUUCAAGAUGAGGAGAGGAAAAAAUGAGUGUGGCAUUGAAGGGAACGUGGUUGCUGGUUUGCCUUCAGCCAGAAAUGUUCAUCUUGUUAGAGAGGUUGCUGGCGUGGAUGCUCUUGGGGAUGUAUCUGCUUGAUAGAAUAUCAAUAUACCACAAGUUCUGUAAUUUAUGCUUUGCAGAGAUAAAUUAUGGACAUUUAUCCGGAAUAGAGAGAAACCAGAUUACAAAUCCAUGUUACAUUAUUGUUUGUAUCAACAAGACAUUUAUUGUUCAUGUAAGAAGGGCAGUUUGUAAAAUAUUGUAUGGCUCAUUCUUCACAUGUCUAAUGUAUGAUUGUUGUUAGUAUCAACAAGACAUUUAUUAUUGUUCAUGUAAGAAGGGCAGUUUGUAACUA